AUGCCUCCGAAAAAGGAUACUAAAGGCGGAGCAAAAGCUGCUCCAGCGAAGGGUGGCGCGGGUGGAAAAAAAGGAGGAGGUGGCGGAGCAGAUGAAGGCGCUGCUAAGGAGAAAAAAGGAGGAUCUGCCGUGAAGGUUCGACAUAUUCUGUGUGAAAAGCAAGGCAAAAUAAUGGAAGCUCUUGAAAAGUUGAAAGAAGGACAGGCAUUCAAUGUAGUUGCUACCAACUAUAGCGAAGACAAGGCCCGCCAAGGCGGUGACCUAGGCUGGCAGAUUCGUGGAGCCAUGGUGGGACCGUUCCAGGAUGCAGCAUUUGCGCUGCCGAUUUCUACGACUAAUGCUCCCAAAUAUACCGAUCCCCCCAUAAAAACUAAGUUCGGAUAUCAUAUUAUAAUGGUGGAAGGGAAGAAGUAG